AUGGCCGCUCUACUCUCUUUGCUUCCGAAUCCAUUCUCUUCUUCUUCUUCUUCAUCUUCUCCGUCGCUCCCUUCGGUACCCAUCAAUACUCCGGCAACACCUCAGUUCUCAGUUGCUUUAUCUGCAACUAGUCAUCUUCAUAAUUGGGUUUCUGUGAUCAAUGCUAGUAUAACCAGAACCAGUCAACUGAAGACGCUGUUGCUGCCCAAAUGCUUCGCCAUUAACAGCACCAUCUCCUCCUCCGAUGUCUUCAAUGACACGGGAUCACUCUUCUCGCUCUUCCAAGGACUUGGAGUCGAUGAAAGGGAGGUGGAAUUACUUUUAAACAAGAACCCGGCUCUCCGGCUUGCGUCUUUUGAUUGUGUACAUGAACGGGUUUGUUCUUUAGAGUCACUUGGAAUCAAUGGGGUUGCGCUGUAUAGCUUGAUUACCAAAUGUCCAGAUGUGUUAACUGCUCCUGAAAUUGAUCCAUUAAUUAGUUUCAUUCGGGACGAUUUAGAGGGGAAGAUAGAGCCCGCCCAGAUUUGCCGUCUUUUGAAGGCCGCAGAACCAAGAUUCUUGGUGGGUUUUGAUGGGAAGGUUAGACUGCUCGUUCAUCAUGGAAUCCCCCAGGAGAGGAUUGCUCAUGUUCUCAACAAUGUUAAUUUAACCAGGGCAAUAUGCCUUAAGUCAGCUGAAGAAAUUGAAAAAACAUUCACCUUCUUGAGUCGUUUUGGCGCUGUUGAUAUAAUCAUUAAGCGCCCGGCAAUUCUCAAUUAUGACUUGGAGAGUCAACUGAUUCCUAGGGUUAGGGUUCUUGUAGAGCUCAGUGGGGGAGAUGAUGCUGCCACAGGAGUGGUUUUGCGUAAGCUCCCGGCAAUUUUGAGAUAUAGUGAGGAGCAUUUGGGUGGUCAUGUGGAGUUCUUGAGGUCAUUUGCCGGUCUUAGUGACCAGGAAAUUUUCAAGAUUGUAUGUGUGUUCCCUAAUGUUUUCAGUGCAAGCAAGGAGAGGAAAUUGAAUCCCAGGAUUGAUUUUCUCAAGCAAUGUGGGUUGAAUUCCUAUGAUAUCUUCAGGUUCUUGAUAAAAGCGCCUCUGUUUCUAGGGUUGUCCUUUGAAGAGAACCUCGUGCACAAACUCAGUUUAUUGGUGAAGAUCGGAUAUCAAUAUAGGACAAGGGAAUUGGCCAUCGCCAUGGGAGCUGUGACAAGAACAAGCUGCGAGAAUUUACAGAAGGUGAUUGGGCUAUUUUUGAGUUAUGGAUUAUCUUGUGAGGACAUUGUUGCCAUGAGCAAUAAGCAUCCCCAGAUACUACAAUACAAUCCCACUUCUUUGAAGGAGAAGAUUGAAUACUUGAUUGAGGACAUGGGUCGUGAAGUUGAUGAGCUGUUGGCUUUUCCUGCGUUUCUCGGUUACAAACUUGAUGACAGAAUCAAGCAUAGGUAUGAAGUAAAGAAGAAGAUUAUAGGAGAAGGAAUGUCUCUCAACAAGCUUUUGAGUGUGUCUACAGAGAGAUUCUCAAGGAGGAAGAAGAAGGAUCCAGCACAUACAACUGAGAAUCCGAGUGGAAGUAAAGGUUAGAUGAAUUGGAUGCAACACAUAUGUUUCUGUUUUUUAGUCUUCAUGGAUUGUUUUCAGCCCCAAGUUACCCCAUUGCUUUAUUCAAAGCUUGCUUGUAGCUUUCUCCUUGUUUGCGUCAUAUGUAGGGGAAUAUUGGUUCUCCCUAGUGGCUGGAGCUCAAACACUUGAGAAUGACACUAUUUUAUUAGUGCAUACAACUUGAAAUUAUUUCUUCAAAUAGCGAUAUUUUGGCUUU